CGAAUGGCUGAUUCAACUGAUUGAAUGAGCAUACCACUGUUACCAACAGACGAAUUUUGUUUUACGUCCUGGACGUCGUACCCAUGCAGAUCGCGAUCGCCGGAAAUGAACAUGCAGUAUUUAAAUUUUGGAACAUGACUGUUACGGCAUGUGAUACCAGUACUUACAUAUUUUUAGUUACUGUAUCCGAAUACUAGUCAAAAGUUCAAAAAAUUAUGUAGGCUUAAUUAUUUUUAAAAAAUAUUACAAGACCUGUUAUUGCAUCAUAUUUGACAAUGAUAGUCUUCUUAUUCAAAUACCUUCAAGGAGUUUUGCCUCUGGAAAUCUCACAAUACCUAAAACUGGACUUCUGUUAUGGGUGGAUAGCUAUACUGGUCUUAACUCUAAUAGGGAUAGCUUUUCUUAAACGAUCCACAAAUUCACCUCCUGGGCCGUGGGCAUGGCCCAUCAUUGGUCACCUGACCUAUUUUCAACAGAAGUCUUACAUAUUUCUGUCCAACAUGAGGGAGUGUUACGGAGACGUCUACCAGCUGAAGAUUGGCAGUAACACCAUUGUUGUGGCGUGUUCCCUGGAAGCUAUCAAGGAAGGACUGGUCGAGAAGGGAGACGCGUACUCAGGUCGGGCUGGACUGGAGUCGUGUCAUUCGCUGUACGGGGGAGACAAAGAAAGAGGAGUUUGUUUGGCAGCCAUGGAUGAAAAGAACGAAAUGAAGAAGAACUUCUUGAACUGGAGUCUUGAUGCUUAUUGCUGUGACAGCGAGAGCAUUGAGGAUAUUCUGGCUCUGGACAUUGUCGACGUUGUCAACAAGUUCAUUCAGGCGGACCACCCCUUCGACCCUUUCUAUUCCCUGGAGGCGGCCUGUCUGAACAUGAUGAUGAAGCUUAUCUUCGGCCAGAGGUUUGACCCGGCGGGCAUGGCCAUGAGAGAAAUGCUUUCAACAUUCCACACGAGGAAUAAAGUCAGGUAUUUUAAUCCACUCGAUUAUGUUCCCCUUCUGAAGAUAUUUCGGACGAGAGACGAUCUUGAUGCUAUUUCCAAGAUGACCGAGAACCAGCUGGAAUAUCAGAGAAAGGCCAUCAACUACCACAAGGACAGCUACGACCCGGAAAACAUUCGGGACAUGGUGGAUCAUCUUCUGCUCUACAUCGAGACGGGGGAAGAUCAUGCGUUGUUGGAGAAAGAGGAUAUCGACUAUCUGUUGUUGGAUGUGUCCAAUUCAGGGUACGAAGCAAUCGCAGUGACCUUGACCUGGCUGCUGAGGUACAUGGCAGCGUUUCCGGACGUUCAGCAUGAAAUUCAGCAAGAGCUGGAUUCCGUGGUCGGGAGGGAUCGUCUCCCUUCAUUGCUGGAUCAGGCCUAUCUGCCUUACACUACAGCUGUGAUAUUUGAAACAGAACGCAUUGCAUCCGUGUACCCAUUUCUGCAGCCUCACAUUGUGGUGGAAAAUAGCACUCUUCAAGGAUACAGACUGUCUAAAGGCACCUGCAUUCUCUUCAAUGUUUGGAGUAUCCAUCAUGAUUCACGCUAUUGGAAAAAUCCUAUGAAAUUUGAUCCACACAGAUUCAUCAAUGAAGACAAGACUUUGGAAAUCCCUGAUCACUUCAUGCCAUACGGUGCAGGCACCCGGUCUUGUUCGGGGGAGAGUCUGGCAGAAAUUCAACUGUUCCUUUUCUUUGCAACCAUCAUGCACCAGAUGUCUGUGAAAUCCGAGGAUGACAAACUCGUACCAGACCUAGAAGGAGAACACGAUUUUCUUAUACGCCCAAAACAUUUUUCAAUAGCAGUAACAGAAAGAUAGGUUUAGCUGGACAACAUAUGUAACUUUCUUAUUUAGCUGAAAUAUUAUUUAACUAACACAUGGAUUUUAACUGAAUUUUUUUUUUUUUUUUCAUUUAAUCAAUACUUUUUUUUGUGAUAGUAACAAAACAAAAGAUUUAUCCUGGGUUUUUGAUGAAGGUAAUUUUAAAAUGGAUUUUACAAAAAUACCAAAACUGUUUACUGCACCUUUUUUUUUCACUUGGGUAUCAGGAAAUGAAAUAAUUAUGUAUUACCAGUAAUGUAUUCAUUUUACCUUUUUAAAUAUGGAUUAUGAUGUAAUACAUUCCUGAUUAAUUUUCGACUGUUUCGUAUUCUUGGCCAUAGAUAUCACAUAAAUAAUUAGGGAAUUGUACAUUAAUGUACUGGUAAUAUCGGAUCGUAAUAUUGGGCGACCUAAUUUUACAUUUGACAUCCGACUUCAUCAAUUUGAGAUUUUCUAGACUUUUGCUGUUGUUUUAGUAUACCAUGUGCAAUUUGUUGUUGGUGUGUAAUAUACACUUAAUAUUUUGUUUAUUUAUCACCAUGUAUAAUACAAUUGCAUUUUUAUUAGUAUAGCAUAUGCAUAUAUUCUUACGUGCAUGUUAAUGUUCAACAUUCCUUAGGCCAACCUUUUAAAACAAUGCUUUGCUGUAAGCCAAUAUUUUUUUUUUUUUUUUUUUAAGCCACCUAUUGACACAGGUUUGAUCAGAUUACAAUUUCUUUUUUUUUUAAUGGAUGGCCGUAUUAUUUUAAUAUGAAUAACAAUUACUUUUUGUCAUUAUUGUUACAUUAAUAUUUAUAGUUAUUGUUUCAAUUUCUAGUCAUUUUGUGCCUUGUAUUAUUGGGGUUUUUUUUUUUUUUUUUGACAUUUUAUUUAUAGCCAAGUUUUAAAUUUUUUAUUGGAAAACGUUUUUGGUUAAAGUUUUGUUGAUUACAUUAUUAUACAAAUUAAAUUAUGGUUGGAUCAAUGAGUAUCCAAUAAAUCAACUCCAUUUUUUAUGCAACUGUCAAUACCUAUGUGCAAUAUUUAUUGAAUAAAUCAAUACAUGUGCUCAAACGAGUUUUUUUGACAUCGGACUUUCUUAUCCAUUUGAGAUUUUCCUAGACUUUUGCCAUUGUUUUAGCAUACCAUGUGCAAUUUGUUGUUGGUUUGAAAUCUACACUUAAUAUUUUGUUUAUAUAUCACCAUGUAUAAUACAAUUGCUUUUUUUAUUUGUAUAGCAUAUUGAUAGAUUCUUACAUGCAUGUUGAACAUUCCUUAGGCCAACCUUUUAAAACAUAAGCCAAUUAAACACUUUUUUUUUUUUUUACACAAAAACCCACCCAAUGACACACAGGUUAGAUCAGAUUACAACAAAACGUUUUUUUUAAUGGAUGGCCAUAUUAUUUUAAUAUGAAUAACAAUUGCCUUUUGACAUUACUGUCACAUUAAUAUUUACAGUUAUUGUUUCAAUUUCUAGUCAUUUUGUGCCUUGUAUUAUUAUUUUUUAUUUUUGUGACAUUUUAUUUACAGCUAAGUUUUUAAAUUUUUAUUGGAAAACGUAUUUAGCUAAAUUUUUGUUGAUUACAUUAUAUUGUACAAACUAAAUGUUUAUGGUUGGAUCAUUGUAUCCAAUAAAUCAACACCAUUUUAUAUGUGAUAUUUUUUAUUCAACAAUCAAUACCUGUCUAUGUGCAAUAUUUAUUGAAUAAAUCGAUAUAUGUGCUCAAACUAGGUUUUUUUAUUUAGAGUUUGCAGUCCACAAAAUCUUACUUUUCUCUCACAUAAAGUUAAAAUUUGUUUUGUUAAUGACACUUCUAGAGCUAAUUGAUUAAAUAAUCAUCAGCUUUGGAUGUCACAUUUGAUAAUUCCAACUUUUUCCAUUAGAAGCAAGGGAUCUUUUAUAUGCAUUCCCAAAGAAAAGACAACACAUGCAUUGGUCUAUGAUACACUAGUCAUGGAGUUUUGGGGGUGGGGGGAGCUAAUGUGUCCAUCAAGGGUGUGUGUUGAUCUUUAGAUAAAGCUGUUUUUCAUCAUUUAAAAUCUGUUAUGUUAAGGAACACAUGGGUUAUCUGUAUCUUGUAGUCUAUACUCAAUUUUCCAAACAGGACAGUAUAUACCACAACCUUUAAAGUUUCUAUCCAUUCAGUGAAAAAGAAAAAAAAAGUGUUUUAUUUAACAACACACUCAACCCAUUUUAACUAGUUAUAUAAUGUCGGACGUAUGGUUGCUGACCACAGAGAUAAUUAGAGAGGAAACCUACUGCCACCACUCCAUGGGCUACUAUCUUUCAAUGGGAAGGAAGGAAAUGGUUUAUUUAACGACAACACAUUUUAUUUACGGCUAUAUGGUUAAGGACCA